UUUAAAGAUGCUACUUUUACUAUUAUUAAUUAUCACAAUUUCCAUUCUUUUCUUAUUUUGGGCAGCAAUAAGAAAUAAUAAUUAUUGGAAGAAGAAAGGAAUUCCUGGCCCAACACCUUUACCUUUAAAAGGAAAUAUUGACCAAAUUUUUGGUAAAAAUAUAGCAGCAAUACAAAAACAAAUAUGGAGUAAAGAAUUUGGAAGUGUUUAUGGAAUUAAAAAUGGAUGGUUUAAUGAAUUAGUUAUUAGUGAUCCUGUAAUGGUUAAACAAGUGUUUGUUGAUAAAUUUGAGAAAUUUCAUGGAAGAGCGGCCUCUCCAUUAUUUGGCGAUGUAGAUACAAAAAAGUUGAUUCCUUUAUUUUUUGCUAAAGGCAAACGUUGGAAGCGGCUUCGUGCAAUUGCUAAUCCAGCAUUUUCAAUUUCAAAUUUAAAAAGAGUUAUGCCAAUAAUUGACGAUUCCAUAAAGGUUAAUAUUCAUCUAUUAAAACAAGCAGAGCUCUCCGGAAUUCAUGUUGAUUUACAUAAAUAUUUCGACGAGCUUACUUUCGAUAUAAUUUCUCGUAUCGCAAUGGGUCAAAAAGAUUCUAGACAAUUUAAUUCCGAAUUUUGUAAAAUGGCCCACGAUGUUUUUGCUUUACAACACAACAAUAUAUUUGAUUAUAUAGCUUUUAUUUUCCCUUGGAUUGGAAAAAAUAUAUUAGACCCUUUUGUUGCUUUUACUGGAAAGAUUAGAAAAGAUCCUUUACAGCUUUUAAUUGGAAAAAUUUAUGAGGCUGUUAAACAAAGAAAGGAAGAAAAAAUGAAGGAGGGGGAAGAACAGAAAGAAGAAAAUUUAAAUAAGAGAAGGGUUGAUUUUAUAGACCUGUUUUUGGAAUCAGAAGUGGAAAAUAAUGAAAUUGAUUUAACUAAAAAUAAUGGAAAUUACAGUAAAACUGAUAAGUUUGAACGUCAUACAAUUUUGGAAGAGAUUGUACUUAAUUGUGUCCUCUUCCUUUUGGCAGGCUUUGAUACAACCUCUAAUAAUUUGAGUUUAAUGGCACAUUAUCUAGUGAUGUACCCAGAAGUACAAAAACGUUUAUUUGAGGAAAUUGAAGAAGUUUGUGGGGAUGGAGAAGAGAUGCCUAGUUAUGAAGAAUUGUCAAAAUUAAAAUAUGCAGAUGCUGUUUUUAAGGAAACUCAGAGACUUUGCCCUAUUGCUUCUGGGGUAACUCGUAUAUGUGAAGAAACAACAACUCUUGGGGGUAUAAUUAUAGAGAAAGGCACAAAUAUAUCUAUUGACUUGUUAACUCUUCAUAGAGAUCCAAAACUUUGGGGAGAAGAUGCUGAAGAAUUUAAGCCUGAAAGAUGGUUAAAUGGAGAGGAACUAACAUUUUAUUAUCCGUUUGGUGGCGGACCUAGAAUUUGUAUUGGAUUACGUUUUGCAAUAAUGGAAACGAAAAUGAUACUUGUUAGAUUACUAAAAACUUUUGAAUUGAAACGUUGUUUAGUGACGGAGGUAAAAAUAAAUAAGGUACUAUGCGUUUAUAUCCCCGCAAUUCAGCAAAUGUUUGUCCGCACUUUUUUUCAUUCAUUCUCCUCAUAA